AUGCCUGUUACUGAGUUGUCUAAAAUCAGAGUUCGUCUCCUAGUUACCACGUUUCCGUGGCAACCAUGGAAACCUGUCAACAAAUCGGGAAAACGGAGACGUGGGAGAUGUAAAAAUAGAAAACACAUCCACAAAGCUCCCCCAGACGUGCACAUGUUUCCAGCUGUUGCUGCUGGGAGCUCAGAGAAGUUGGAUCUCAGUGUGAACAGUCAGGGUCUGUCAGCGCUUCACGUGGCCUGCCUUUAUGGCCAGCUGGCUGCUGUUCAGCUGCUGGUGGCGUCCAGGCUGGCUUGGAUCGACAGCAGCGAUCUCCAGGGUCGUCAGCCUGUUCACAUGGUCCUGUCCUCCCGCAGCUCACCCAACACCUCCUCCUGCCUCAGAUACCUGCUGGAGCAUGGGGCCGACGUCAACGCUACCACAGAUUCAGGGACGACCCCGCUGCACUUGGCCGCCUCUGAAGGCCUCCUGGACUGCACUGAGAUCCUCGUUCAGGCUGGAGCAGAUGUGUUGGCCCAGGACAGCGUGGGACACACCCCUCUGGAUUUGGCCCGCAUCUGGUGCCACAGGGAGGUGGCAAGGUAUCUGAAAAGCUGCAUGUGGCAGACAGAGAAGAAGAAAGAAAUGCAUGAGAGGAAACUAGUUCAAAAUUUGUACAGUGAUCUCGUGGAAAUGGUCAAACUGAAUGAUCUCAAUAAAAAGACACUUAUUGAUGUGAAGAUGGCUGAGUGGGCGAACAAUAAAGGUCUUCCUCUCCUGAAGGAUUUCCACCCCAGAGUCUCAGUGAGCCAGUACCACACCCAGUGUCUCUCAUCAGGUCAGAACACUUCUUACCAAAAAUAUGCCAAACGCCCAUCGAAGCAUCAGCCAGAAGAUCCUCUGGAGAAGAUUACCUCCAAAAAGCAACCUCCAUUCUCACCGUGGACCAUCUUCAUGGGCGUCCAGCCAGAGAAACCCCUCAGAGAGCCGGACCUUCGGGGCCAGGUCACAGUGUGGAGGGACAGCAGCAGCAGGCAGCCUCAGUACUCCACCAAGUGGGACGGCACGCACCGCCCCACCCCUGACCUGCCUCUGGACGUCCUCAAGAGGGUGUUGUUCCCCAGAGCCUUCCCCUCCAGGAUCGCCUCCCCUCGUUACUUUGAGCCGCAGGACAUUGAGGAGGUCCAGCACAGAGGAUACCCCCAGGGGCGGAGCACCUCCCCCUGGACAGAGGUGGCCAUGCACCUGGCUGAGGUGCUGGAGCCCGGACACUACUGA